CGAGUCAUCCAAUAGGAAACGACGCUGCUUGUGUCACCAUGGUGACGGGGCUGUGCCCAGGGAGGUUGUGAUGGGUUGACAGGUGCGUGACAAUCGGAGCUCUCUGCAAGCAUGUACGCCAAAGGCAAGAGUAGCAACGUGCCGUCCGACAGCCAAGCCAGAGAAAAGUUAGCGCUGUACGUGUACGAAUACCUGCUGCAUGUAGGAGCGCAGAAGUCCGCACAGACCUUUCUCUCAGAGAUCCGAUGGGAAAAGAACAUCACAUUAGGGGAACCUCCAGGCUUCCUCCAUUCCUGGUGGUGUGUCUUCUGGGACCUGUACUGCGCCGCGCCUGAGCGAAGAGAGACUUGUGAACACUCGAGUGAGGCCAAGGCGUUUCAUGACUAUAGUGCAGCAGCAGCUCCCAGCCCGGUCCUGGGGAACCUCCCCCCAGGUGAUGGCAUGCCGGUGGGACCGGUUCCUCCGGGAUUCUUCCAGCCAUUCAUGUCGCCUCGCUACCCAGGUGGGCCGAGACCUCUCAGAUUACCCAAUCAGGGGAUCGGGGUCCCUGGGGGCCAGACGAUGUUAACGAGUGGGAUGGACCCCACAAGACAGCAAGGACAUCCAAAUAUGGGCGGGCCAAUGCAGAGGAUGACUCCGCCGAGAGGGAUGGUUCCCCUCGGGCCACAGAACUACGGCGGGGGGAUGAGGCCACCUCUGAAUGCUCUGGUUGGUCCGGGAAUGCCCGGCAUGAACAUGGGGCCUGGCGGUGGGAGACCUUGGCCGAAUCCUCCAAAUGCAAAUUCGGUCCCCUACUCCUCUGCCUCCCCAGGGAGCUACGUGGGUCCGCCGGGAGGGGGGGGCCCACCUGGUACUCCCAUAAUGCCCAGUCCAGCUGAUUCAACGAACUCCGGUGACAACAUGUACACCAUGAUCAACUCAGUCCCCCCCGGCGGAGGCCGGCCAAACUUCCCGAUGGGUCCUGGUAACGACGGUCCUCUGGGCAGCCUGGCUGGGAUGGAGCCUCACCACAUGAACGGCUCGUUAGGGUCUGGGGACAUCGACAGUCUGCCAAAGAACUCUCCCGGCAACCUGAGUAUGAGCAACCAGCCGGGGACCCCCCGGGAAGAUGGCGAGAUGGGCGGGAACUUCUUGAACCCCUUUCAGAACGAGAGUUAUUCUCCAAAUAUGACAAUGAGCGUGUGAAGGCGCCGGAUGCUGAUUGGCCAGCCGGUUUUCCAGUGGGUCUGGAGAACGCUACGCGGCGUCGGAGAGCCAACGUGACUUCACCUGGGCCAGUGACUCUCGCCCCGCCUGCCCCAAGCAGGACACCUCCCGACCACCACCCCACCCACCCACCCACCCAAGCCCUACACUGGGUCCUGUCCUUCUACUCCACCUUCUGUCCCCCCCCCCUAUCCGCAUCCCCCUUUUUGCAGCAUUUUUUUUUUCUCCCCCCGUUAUAAGUUGUGUAUGUGCCGUACGACAUCACGCGAAGACACACCCUGCAAGACUCGUAGGAAGAGAACUGUGUGUGUGUGUGUGUGUGCUCACCCUCACGCUCCUCCACCAUGAGGGUGAGCCUGUGUGUUCUACCCUGUCCCUUGUUGGAUAUUUAUGCUAAAACAGCCCCAGAAGCUAAAGGGAAGGCCGCAGCCAGACAGCCAGACAUGCUAAGGAGGAGCUAAGAAGAUUCUUCUUUUUUUUUUUUAUGAAGGCUUGAACUUGAAACCGAACUUGACUAAAGACCAUCAUCACGACAACAUCGUGGCGACAUCUGCGUUAUUUGUGCGCUCUUUCUAUUUAUUAUUUUGAAUGGUUUAAUGCGCGGCGGUGAACAGAGAAAGGGCACCUUUACCUUAUUUGUUAUAAGUCCCUCUUCAGAUCAAUAUUGGUAAUGAUAUUUUAAAUGGGUGUGCUUCUCUGAUGCUCUGUCCAUCUUAUAUGUUUAAUACCAGCGCCGAUGAUGAUAAGAAAUGAUGUAAAAAAGAAAAACAGCUGAGUUCUCACUUCUCAACCAAUGUUCAAGGUUCAAUCAAGAGGAUCACAAUUGUCAAAAUUAAAGACCUUGUUUAUUAACUGAAUGUCGAAUCGCUCCAUGAUCAUUUGUCAUCAAUGGACACUUUAAGAAUAACCACCACAGUCUUGGAAGAGCUGUGAAUUUUUGCAGAAAAUAAAUAAUCUGCGUUUCCUAUUAAAAAGACGAGGUAAGUAUGGCAUACAACAAAGUAAAGAUGCGCAAGAUUUCAUCCUUAAACGGGCAUCAUUAUUUUUUAUCUACAUACUUAAUGGUUGAUUGACCUUAAAGGGUUUUCCAAUGGCUUUUUAAUCAUAUCAUUUGGAAUAUUAAUUCAAAAGAUGAACGGUCCAAAGUACAUACAGGACACAAACGUAUCAACUCAUAAGUGUCACUUGUAUUUAAGUUAUUUUUGUCGUCCGGAUAAACUGUGAUCAUAGUCUGGCUUCGAGGGAACGUUGGUAUGAAAUGGUAUGCAGGCUUGUUUAUAAUUCAAUGUUUUAGGCCUAUUUCACUGCCCAAGUUGUAUUAUUGUUAUUUUUAUGUAUGAAUCGAUUUUUGCUUGUUAACAUUUUAUGCUCCCCCUCCUUUACAGAAAAUGUACAGUUCGCAAUGUAGCUCCUCUGUCUUAAUAUGUGUAUUUGAUAAUAUUUAACAAAAAAAGAAAAAAACGUGACAGAGAAAGGCAAAAGGCAUACAUGGAUCAUCACCACCGAUAGCAGCAUUCUGUUUGUCUUUUGUGUUCUCUUGAAUAAGUCAUACAUUGUAACAAUAGAACCCGUCUUUGUACAUUUUGCUCAUCAUUUGCAGUUAUUUCGCAUUACGUGGGACUUCAUUUGUGACGUGAUCAUUUUCUCUCUUUUUUUAUUAUUCUUGUAUUAUGUUUUGUAAAUAUAUUGAGAAGUACUACAUGAGUUUCAAAUAUGCUGAUAAAAAGCCUCUCAUCCCUUGAAAAAUUC